AGCGCGCUGCUAUAUUGUUGUAAUAAUGGCGUCUCCGCCCCCUCGUGUUGUGUGGAAGAUUGCGUUCACCUGAGUCAUGAAUGUCUUCACGUUAGAAGGUCAGCCUCUCAGCUACUGCGUUCAUGCUCCAGCAUCCGAGCGCGUCGUUUGCUCCUCACAGCAUCUCCCACCAUGACGGCGUCUGACUUCUCUGACAUAGAGGCGUUUUUGGACGGACACCCGGACCUCUUUGAGGAGUAUUUGGUCCGAAAAGCCAAGUGUGAGCACAUUAGCAAGUGGAUGAGGGAGCACCAGCUCGCCCCUAAAGUCAAAGUGUCAACCCCCGAGGAGAGACGCGUCCAAUUAGCCAGGGACCCCGCUCUCAACCCGGACGCUCUCCGGCGCAGGUCGUCUCACUUGGAGCUUCGGCGCAACUUCGCCCGGUCCAAAGCCACCACGGCGCACCGAACCUGUGACGAGCACGCCAGCUUCGGCCAGCAGGACCCGCAGUCCAGCAUGAGGCGACGCGCGCUCCUGCGUAAAGCCAGCUCUCUGCCUCCAACCACGGCGCACAUUCUCAGCGCCCUGCUGGAGUCCAGAGUCAGCGUACCACAGUAUGCAUCCGCUGCCACCGACCACAAGUGUCGGCUCAGGGAGACCAACGAGAGGGAGUUCUUCCUGGAGCUGGUGAAGGACAUCUCGAAUGAUCUGGACCUGACCAACCUGAGCUAUAAGAUCCUGAUCAACGUGUGCAUCCUGGUGGACGCGGACAGGUGCUCCCUCUUCCUGGUGGAGGGCCCAGCGCACAAGAGGACGCUGGUGUCCAAGUUGUUUGACGUGCACUUGGGAACCACGGUCAGACCUUCCUCCAGCACCCUCAACUCCAACGAGGUGCAGGUACCUUGGGGAAAGGGCAUCAUUGGGUAUGUGGCAGAGCACGGAGAGACUGUCAACAUUUCCAAUGCAUAUCAGGACCACCGCUUCAGUGACGAGAUCGACAAGUUAACAGGCUACAAGACUCAGUCCAUUCUCUGUAUGGCCAUCUGUAACAGUGAUGGAGAGGUCAUUGGUGUUGUACAAGCAAUCAACAAAAAUCCCACCGGAACGCCUUUCACUGAGGAUGACGAGAAGGUGCUCCAAAUGUAUCUACCCUUCUGUGGAAUAUCCAUAUCCAACGCCAAGUUGUUUUCUGAGUCUCGCAAGGAGUAUGAAAGAAGUAGGGCUUUACUGGAGGUGGUCAACGAUCUGUUUGAGGAGCAGACCGACUUGGAGAAGAUUGUGCGGAAGAUUAUGCAGCGAGCGCUCACCCUCUUGCAAUGCGAGCGCUGCUCCGUGCUUCUCCUCGAGGAUAUCCACUCACCAGUUGUGAAGUUCUCCAAGACGUUUGAACUUAUGUCCCCCUUGAGCAACAUGUCCCGUGACAUAAGCCUGGAGAAGUUGUCAUGCUCUGAUUGGCUGAUUAAUAACAGCAUCGCCGAGUUGGUGGCCUCCACAGGACUCCCAGUUAACAUCAGUGACGUGUGCCAGGACCCACGCUUUGAUGCAGAGGCAGAUCAAGCUUCCGGAUUUCAUAUUAGAUCAGUGUUGUGUGUGCCUAUCUGGAAUAGAACUCACCAGAUAAUAGGGGUUGCACAAAUUUUGAAUCGCCUCGACAGGAACACCUUCAACGAUGCAGAUCAGAGACUGUUUGAGGCAUUUGUGAUUUUCUGUGGACUGGGCAUCAACAACACUAUGAUGUACAAUCAAGUGAAGAAGACGUGGGCCAAGCAGUCUGUAGCACUGGAUAUGUUAUCCUACCACGCUACAUGUUCCAAGGUAGAGGUUGACAGACUGAAGGCAGCCAAAAUCCCCCUGAGCAGCGAGUUGGGAAUUGACGAGUUUCAUUUUAACGACUUCUCUCUCGACAACGAUGCUAUGAUCACAGCCUCGCUUAGGAUGUUCCUGGAACUUGGGGUGGUCCAAACAUUCAAAAUAGACUAUGAGGUGUUGUGCCGCUGGCUUCUCACUGUGAGGAAGAACUACAGAACUGUGGCCUAUCAUAACUGGAGGCACGCCUUCAACGUGUCCCAGUGCAUGUUUGCUAUGAUCACAUCAGCCAGCUUCCAGGACGUUUUAUCGGAAGCAGAGAUUCUGGCUCUAAUGGUUGGCUGUCUGUGCCAUGAUUUGGACCAUCGUGGCACCAAUAAUGCAUUUCAAGCCAAGACGGGUUCUGCUUUGGCGUUGCUCUACGGCACGUCAGCGACCCUGGAACACCAUCACUUCAAUCAUGCAGUUAUGAUCCUCCAAAGUGAGGGUCACAAUAUCUUUGCAAACCUCUGCUCUAAAGAAUACAGCAACCUGAUGCAACUGUUAAAGCAAGCCAUUCUCUCCACAGACCUCACUUUGCACUUUGAGCGCAGGAGCAAGUUCUUUGAAUGUGUUCUUGCUGGAAGAUUCAGCUGGACGGACGAAAAACACAGAGAGGUCCUCAGAUCCAUGCUGAUGACAGCCUGUGAUUUGGGUGCUGUCACUCGGCCUUGGGAGAUAUCCAAACAGGUUGCCGAGCUGGUGACAAGUGAAUUUUUUGAACAAGGUGACAGGGAGAGGUCAGAGCUAAAGUUGACGCCAGCGGCCAUAUUUGACCGCAAUCGCAAAGAUGAGUUACCUGCCUUACAGCUAGAGUGGAUUGAUGGCAUCUGUAAACCACUUUAUCAGUCACUGCUGAAGCUCAACAAGAAAUUGCAGCCAAUGAUGGAAGGGAUAGACACCAACCGAACGAAGUGGCAGGAACUGUGCCCGUCUAACGAGCACACAGGCGACGACGCCUCGGUGACAAUCAGAGCGCUGAAGCCAGCCAGCCAGAACCCUGAGGCUGUGGAAGCCAGCAAAGACUCCUUUGUCAAACCAGCGGAAAACACCAAGAUGGGAUCAAAGGGUCAUCAGGUGUGAAAUUUGAACCAUACACAACAGAUGGACCAAAGGAAAGUGAGGUUCUGCCUCCAAUUACGACUGACUGGAAUACUUUACCCUGUGAUUGUAAAACACCCGCCCUGGUAUUACUACAAUGUCUUAGAAAAACUGGGAUUACCGAAUUUUCCUCAAAUAGAGGCAGAAGGGGUUUAUUAACUCAACAGCACAGCGUAUCAAGGAAGUGGAAUGUGUUUGUGUUUCCUUUGCAUAGAAUUCAGAGGUGCUACAUGUUGUCGAUGGAUCAGGAUGUACUUGUCUGAUCAACAUUAUAGUGCUCAGGUGACAUCAUGAUCGUAAGACGAGACAAAGCUCUCCAAAGCAGUUAGAAACCAAGGAUUGCGUAAUAUGGGAUCUUAGCCACGCCCACUUUAGGGCCAUGUAAGCGCCCUUAAAUUAAUCCACCUGUGGUGAUCUUUUUUACAUGGAGUACUCAUUCAUAUUGCAUGUUAAUGAGACCCUCAUCAACAAGCAACCAAUUACACUUAAAAAAGUAUGUAAACGUACCUGCCAAGAGAGGACCGAACCUACAUUUGCCACUUUUCAGAUGUAUGUAUACGUUUAAAAUGCAGAGCUUUUGUUCUACAUGAUGUGGAAAUUCCAUAUGGUCUUGUGAAUCUUGUGAACGGUCAGAUACUAGAACUUGACGAGAUCUUUUGAUUUUGGGAAGUCCAUGCAUGGCAAUUUGCUAGCGACCGCUAGCAAGGUGACCACUACACCGGAUUCUCCAAUAUUCCUCCAAUUAAUCCAGUAUUCUUCUUUACUGUUAGCUGAUAACUUUUGUUAGCACAAAACUGCUUGAGGGGGUGUGUCUCUACGCAUGUAAGAGGACCCUCGACCAAUCGUAACGGAGUAGACGUGAUGGGGAAGGAGGCUGCAGAAUGUCAGCCAAGAGGAGGGGAAUGCAGAUUUACCGUACAUACCAGUCAACAUUUCUGAUUUAAAGAAACUUACUAUAGUGCCCCAAUGAGAUCCAAUAUCAUUUUAAAAGCCUCUAAAAUGAGCAGGAUAGUACCUGUUUCAGGGUUUAAAGCAACAUGCCAUAGAAAAACAAGCCUGAUGGAGUUGUCUUCUUUAAAAAAAAAAAAAAGUAAGUCCCCAUCAGACGUUACCAUGACCUAUCGAAGCAUGAUCACUUUCUUGCCUUGUGUACAAAACCCACAACGUCUUAAACGUGAUUACUUGUAUCAGGGGUGUCCAAACUUUUUCCGACAAAGACUACAGUCAGAAAAAUUAAAGAAUGCGAGGGCUUACUUUACUACACAAGCUAUGCGCAAUCCAUUGUAGGUUAUUA